UUGUCGUGGUCACACGCCAAUGAUAUCACAGAUAGAUGGGGAACGAUUCUUCGUUUCUCAAAGAACCAAUCAUUACCCUUCGCUAACAAGGACUUAUUCGCAUUCUCUUCUUCUUCCUCCUCCUCCUCCUCCAGAAGUUUCUCUAUUUUGGUAUUUACCCUAGUUUAUAUAUACAUUAGAGUCUGCUUCGACUUCCUUCGAUUCAACCCGUUAUUGUGGACAUGUGCCCUAUCGAUUCGGGCCGCUCCUUCGACACGAGCCUUAGUCUCGGUUUAGGCUGUUAUGGGGAUCCUGAAGAUCACGAGAUCAAGAUCAAGAAACCGCUCGCGAAGCUCAGUGGUAACUCCACGUGCCUCACGAUAGGCUUGCCCGGCGGGGAGGCGUGCGGGCUGGGAUCCGCGAGUGGGGACGAGGUCAGGAACAUCCCGAGCAGGUCGGCAUCGUCGUUCUCAAACUCAAGCAGUGCGAAGAGGGAGAAGGCGGAGCAAGGAGAGGAAGAAGCGGUUGAGAGAGGGACGGGCUCGCCGAGGGCGACUAUCAAUAUCGAAGAUGAAGAUGAGUUCAGCCCCAGGAAGAAGCUCAGGCUUUCUAAAGCACAAAGUUCCAUUUUGGAAGAGAGCUUCAAAGCGCACACAACCCUCAACACUAAACAAAAGCACGAUUUGGCAAAUCGGUUGAAUCUCCGGCCACGGCAAGUGGAAGUGUGGUUCCAGAAUAGGAGAGCCAGGACUAAAUUAAAACAAACUGAAGUAGAGUGCGAGAUGCUGAAGAAAUGCUGCGAAACCCUAAAAGAAGAGAACAGAAGGUUGAAGAAGGAGUUGCAAGAGCUCAAGUCAUUGAAGCCAACUGCGUCGGUUUAUAGGCAGAUUCCUGCAGCUGCUCUCCCUCUAUGCCCUUCUUGUGAAAGGAUUGCCCAUCCAGAAUUCCCGUUCUCGACUGAAUCUCGACUUUGGCCUGCUCAUCCAUCAGCCGCUUGUUAAACAUAAUCUUUAAGGCGAGAACCUUGCAUAGUUAUACUAGUUUUGGAUUUUUCUUCUUCUGCAUAAAAUACUCACCUGGCCUCUCUGCUUUAUUAAUCGGGUAGUGGACUCACUGUAGUGACUCUUUUGUAAGUUUUCAUUGCAUAGAUAUACUUUUUGUUAAAACAGGAUAUGAUGCGAUGUGAAUUGUUCAUGGAAGUUAAUAUUGGGUUUGCCAAGGUUCAUCUAUUAAAUUAGGUGUGCAUGUCGAGGGCUAUGCAUAAUUUCGUAGUCCCGUCAAGCAGCGUUUAAUCCCUUUCUUAAAUCAUCAUAUUGUAAUGUAUUUUAUGGGAAACGAAUAAAAUGGAGAGAUGAAUUUGUACUUUAA